GAAAAAACGGGACUAGGGAUGAGUUUUCGGUGACGUCGGUAUGUGAAAAUAUUGCGACACAGUCUGCUGGUAUCGUGGCUGUUUGCAAAUCUCCCCACGUUGGAAGUUUGUAUGUUCAUCAUGGUAACACGAGGAAUGCGUGUCGCCGAGAAAAGGGGGGCAACAAACCGCCCAACGAUUAUUCAACGAUUUAUCGUAAUUCAUGCAAUCGAGGAUGUGAUACUUCUUAAGAAGAAAUAGUUCGUAUCACAUCCUAGAUAGUUAUCCACGAUCGAGUUUUCGUACAACUCACAAGAUGCUACCCUACAUCGACUCGGAUGAGCCAGUGGCCGAGCAAUGGAUUGACCAACUGCAGAAGCUGUCUCAGACAUCCCCAAGCCAAAUCGAGACCCGUUUCUGACAUCUCAGAAGAACACGCACUCACUGAGACUCAAGCCGAGUAAGCGAAACAUAGCUGAAACCAAGACACACAGAGUUCCGUUGCCAACAUGUCAACUCUCACAACUCUCGUCAAACAUGGUGAACCGCGUUGCGUCUGAGAGCCUCGCAUCGCCUCCGGGAGCGGAUCUGUUGGUCCGUGAGACCCUUGUUGCUAGUCCAGGCUGUCCACUCAGCCCUCCUCUUUACUUUUCUCGUGUAACUAACUCGUGAACAUGAGUGAGCAUGAGCAUGAGCAUGACAAGCCUCAAUCAUUCAGGGAUCGUGCCGAUUAAGUCAUCGGUUUCUUCAAGGGAUCGCUCGGAUUCUCGGCGACCCCACGACUAAUACGACUUUGGCGAGUAGCAUGAGGCAUUGGAAUCGGAUCGUCUGGUCUGUUGCAAGGUGCGCCGUGGCGUUGGUACAAACUUUGGCUUCCCAUCCAUUUCUUGCACUUUCAUUCACAGAACCAACCAACCAACCCCUUUUCCUUAUUGACAAUCAUUACAAUUCAAUUCCAUUCACUAUCUUCGUUUGUUGAGCUUCUAGUUAAGCUGCAGUAGACUUCACUGACGUGUAUUUCUUUUAUUCAAUUAACCAAUUCGUCAAUUGCUGUGCAAAUCAUCUUCAAUCACCUCUUUUUAUCCUUUGUUUACUUUCAUCCCAUGUUCUUAUCACCAACGGCCUCGCCCUUCACCAACGCCCGAGAAUAACCCCCCCAAGCCAUAUCCAAGACAUUAUAGAUCAACUUAUUUCCCCGCUCCUUCCAAUUGUCUCACUUAUUUUCUGAUAUUCACUUCCUUAUACCCUCUUUUGAUUUGCUGUUGGUCCUCUUUUUCAAGUAACAGUCAGCCCCAGCCAGCCCCAAAACCAAUUCCCAGCCUCCGCCCACCGGCUUCACUGUUGCGUUCCAAGCUUCGCUCCCCACCCUCAAAGGCUAUCUAUUAUAGGCUACCACACGCUGCCUACAGAGCCCAGCCGAUCCACACUAGUCCGUGGCUUCCUUCGCCGACGACAGGCCGCCACUUCCCUCGUGAAUCGGAUGCUCACUAACAACUUGCCCACGCCAACCAAACUCUCUUCAACUCUCUACGGCCCAACCUCUUGCUCUUUACUUUGGCUUUGUCAUUGACGUUAUCGCAUCGCAUCGCAUUCAUAUUUGUCGGCAGCAUCACCGCCGACUCGUCACUUUUGCUUUAUCUCGUAUUAUCACGUUACUAAACUACAUCACUCGCCUUGCAUCGGAUACCCCCGCGGUGCUAGUACUACUGUAACUACGACCCUCCAAGGAACCUUUGUCCGUCGACAUUACAGAGCCGUAUCCACCUGUGUUAAUACCCAGGGUCCGACAGCAAAGUCAGCAUCGUUUGUUCCAGCUUGUCGGAUUUGUUCAGUAUUUUCUGACCACAACUACUUUUUCACCAAACCAGUAAACAGCCAGUGAUAAAAUGUUUGCUGUUCAGCAUGCUGGUUUCGAUCAGCGGAAGCGAGUCCGUGAAGAGGAAGAACUCGCGAAUGCUAACGGCAUGAGCUUCAGCGAGCACCGCAACAAACGUAUCCAGUGCCUUCCACUCCGUGCAUAUCCUAGAACGACGCAACAAUGGCAAUCUGAUGCGCCCAUGCCAGCCCCGAGCUUCGCCCCCCACGAUCAUCUUCAGCCAGAAAUUCGACAAUGGUCAUCGUCAACGAACAUGACAUCACAGUCUCAUGGAGACACCGACAUGGAUAUGAUGCAGACAUAUCAACCCCAACAUCACGAACAAGGCCGACUUGGGGUGAUGCACCAAGAAUCUGACAACGCAAACGGGCGUCUGCCCACGCCUAUUCAGCCUAGCUUUGCUGCACAGGUUCGAGGUCAGCAGGCUGUGACAACUCCCAACGGUGUUGCAAACCUAGGUCACCAAAACACCGGCUUUGGUGAUGAUCAGAGUGUCCCUCGCACAAUGGCCGGAGGAUGGCAAGCCAUCCAGAAUGAACGACGUCUUCCCUCACCCAUUUCCGAAGGUGAUGAUUCCAUGGCCUGCCAACCCAUCACCCCUACCGGUAUGCAAUUUGAUGCCAGUGCCCAUGGUUUUGUCACCCCCGGUAUGGAACAUCCCAAUGUGACUGUUGAGCCUUCACCUCCCCAUGAUGUGGAACAUCCUAUGAUGGAUGUGGAAUCCCACUGCUCGGGCAAUUCAGUUGAUGGUGAUGGUGAUCCAACAACGCCUUCUCCUAGGAGAGGCCAUAUUCGCAGCCGACACACCGUCAACAACUGGACCUGGCAGCCCGGCAUGAAGAAGAGCUUCAGCAUAGGAUAUCGAGCAGACUGCGAAAAGUGCCGCUUAAAGGUUCCAGGACACUUCAACCACAUCAUUGUUUCUUAGGGAAAAGAGAAGAUUAUCCUAGAUCCUGACGAACAACCCUCACUAUAGGACAGUGGCGUGAGGCCGCUUGAUUGGAGAAAGAAACGACAGAGGCGCAAACUUGCUUUUAGUGAUUUUGUUUCGGGGGAAAUUGCUUCCAUCGGCGAAAGGGAAAAUCGUAGUCCUACGCCUUUUGCAACCUUGUGAGGAGAUGCAAACGUUUUGAUAGCUCAGACUAUCACAGACGGCCAUAAUUCAGGCAUGACCGGGCCUUUGAAGAGACGGACUGGAAUCUGCCAGUUCAAGACAAUAUUUGAUUUUUUCUUUCCUUUUUUUUCUUUUCUUUUUCAUUUUUCUUUUUGUUUACUUGGCGUUAUAGGCAAUGGCAAGCGGGCGGGUAUGGAUAGCAUUUGGUCAUUACGGGUAUACAUUGACCACCCUGUAAUAGGGAAUCGGAAGUUAGCGAUACGAUCUUGAGAUCGUCAGGUAUGCAUGGCAAUACCAGAAUAGCGAUAAUGUCAAUUUAAGUAAUGGAGACAUUCGCAGCUCAUCAUCUCACCCAACUUGAAGAAUCAGUGGCGCUUAUUUGAUCGCUUGGUAUUGAAUAGAUGUG